AUGCCCAAUGUACCAACGGCCAUACAAUUUUUUUCUCGGUUGAAACAGGAGGCGCAAACUACAACACCAACAACUAAACCGACCACCAAAACAACGACUAAGCCAAAAACAACGACUACGCCCAAAACAACGACUACGCCCAAAACAACGACUACACCCAAAACAACGACAACUAAGCCCAAAACAACGACUACGCCCAAAACAACGAAAACUGCCCCUACAACGACAACUACACCCAAAACAACAACUAAGCCCAAAACAACGACUACGCCCAAAACAACGACUACGCCCAAAACAACGAAAACUACUCCUACAACGACAACUACGCCCAAAACAACAACUAAGCCCAAAACAACGACAACUAAGCCCAAAACAACGACUACGCCCAAAACAACGAAAACUACUCCUACAACGACAACUACGCCCAAAACAACAACUACGCCCAAAACAACGAAAACUACUCCUACAACAACAACUAAGCCCAAAACAACGACAACUAAGCCCAAAACAACGACUACGCCCAAAACAACGAAAACUGCCCCUACAACGACAACUACACCCAAAACAACGACGACUACGCCUAAAACAACGACAUCCACGCCCAAAACGACUACUCCUCCAACGACCACUACGACUUCCACGCCCACAACAACGACAACAACGCCCACUACAACGACAUCCACGCCCACAACGACAACUACGCCCAAAACAACGACUACUCCUCCAACGACAACUACGCCCCAAACAACGACAACAACGCUCACUACAAUGACAUCCACGCCCAAAACAACAACUACGACGACUACUGCGCCCACUACGACAACUACAGCUGCGCCUACAACAAUAACUACAGCUGCACCCACUACGAUAACUACAACUUUGCCCACAACAACCACAACCGUAACCACCAGAACGACAACUACAACUCCAACUGCGCCUACAACGACAACUAUGCCCACUACAACAACUACACCCGCAACGACCGCAACUGUACCCACGUCAACGAUUACUACGCCAACUACAACUGCGUCCACUACGACAACUAUAACUGAACCCCCUACGACAACUUCAACUGCGACCGCUACAACUACAAUUGCUCCCACGCCAACAACUGAGACUACAACGACAACCGUUUCUGCAACGACCGUAGCUACGACAACAACAACUAAGCCCACAACGACGUCAACUAAAUCUACAUCGACUGAGCCCACAACGACGUCAACUGAACCCACCAACACGUCAACUCAGCCUACAACGACGUCAACGGAAUCAACGACGACGUCAACUGAAUCUACGACUUCUACUGAGCCCACAACGACGUCAACAGAGCCAACAACGACGUCAACUCAAUCCACAUCGACUGAGCCCACAACGACGUCAACAGAGCCAACAACGACGUCAACUCAAUCCACAUCGACUGAGCCCACAACGACGUCGACUGAGCCCACAUCGACGUCGACAGGGCCCACAACGACGUCGACUGAGCCCACAUCGACGUCGACUGGGCCCACAACGACGUCGACUGAGCCCACAACGACAUCGACUGAAUCUACAACGACGUCAACUGAGCCCACAACGACGUCAACUGAGCCAACGACUUCAACUGAGCCCACAACAACGUCAACUGAGCCCACAACGACGUCAACUGAGCCAACAACGACGUCAACUGAAUCUACAACGACGUCGACUGGGCCCACAACGACGUCAACUGAGCCAACUACGACGUCAACUGAGCCCACAACGACGUCAACUGAGCCAACGACUUCAACUGAGCCCACAACAACGUCAACUGAGCCCACAACGACGUCAACUGAGCCCACAACGACGUCAACUGAGCCCACAACGACGUCAACUGAGCCCACAACGACGUCAACUGAACCAACAACGACGUCAACUGAAUCUACAACGUCAACUGAAUCUACAACGACGUUAACUCAGCCUACAACGACGCCAACUGAACCAACAACAACGUCAACUCAAUCCACAUCGACUGAGCCCACCACGACGUCAACUGAGCCCACAUCGACUGAGCCCACGACGACGUCGACUGAGCCCACGACGACGUCGACUAAGCCCACAACGACGUCAACAGAGCCAACAACGACGUCAACAGAGCCAACAACGACGUCAACAGAGCCAACAACGACGUCAACUCAAUCCACAUCGACUGAGCCCACAACGACGUCGACUGAGCCCACAUCCACAUCGACUGAGCCCACGACGACGUCGACUGGGCCCACAACGACGUCAACUGAGCCAACUACGACGUCAACUGAGCCCACAACGACGUCAACUGAGCCAACGACUUCAACUGAGCCCACAACAACAGCAAACAACGACGUCAAUAGAGCCAACAACGACUCGACUGAGCCCACUACGACGUCAACUGAGCCCAUUACGACAUCAACUGAGCCCACAACAUCAACUGAGCUCACAACGACGUCAACUGAACCAACAACGACGUCAACUGAACCAACAACGACGUCUACUGAAUCUACAACGUCAUCUGAAUCUACAACGACGUUAACUCUGCCUACAACGACGUCAAUAGAGACAACAACGACGUCAACUCAAUCCACAUCGACUGAGCCCACCACGACGUCAACUGAGCCCACAACGACGUCAACUGAGCCCACAACGACGUCAACUGAAUCUACAACGACGUCGACUGAGCCAAUAACGACGUCUACUGAAUCUACAACGACGUCGACUGAAUCAACAACAACUUCAACUGAAUCUACAACGACGUCAACAGAGUCAACAACAUCGACUGAGCCAACAACGACUUCAACUGAGCCCACAACGACGCCAACUGAACCAACAACAACGUCAACUCAAUCCACAUCAACUGAGCCCACAGCGACGUCAACUGAGCCUACAACGACGUCAACUGAGCCUACAACGACGUCAACUGGGCCCACAACAACGUCAACUGAGCCCACAACGACGUCAACUCAAUCCACAUCGACUGAGCCCACAACAUCAACUGAAUCUACAACAACGUCAACCGAAUCCACAACGACGUCAUCCGAAUCCACAACGACGUCAACUGAGCCCACAACGACGACAACUGAAUCUACAACGUCAACCGAAUCCACAACGACUUCAACUGAGCCCACAACGACGUCGACUGAGCCCACAACGACGUCGACUGAAUCCACAACGACAUCAACUGAGCCCACGACAUCAACUGAGCCCACAACGACGUCGACUGAAUCUACAACGACGUCAACCGAGCCAACAACGACGUCAAUUCAAUCCACAUCGACUGAGCCCACAACGACGUCAACUGAAUCUACAUCGACAACUGAAUCCACAACGACGUCAACUGAGCCCACGACGACGUCGACUGAGCCCACUACGACGUCAACCGAAUCCACAACGACGUCAACUCAAUCCACAUCGACUGAGCCCACAACGACGUCGACUGAAUCAACACCGACGUCAACUGAGCCAACAACGACGUCAUCUGGGCCCACAACGACGUCGACUGAGCCCACGUCAACUGAGCCCACAACGACGUCAACUGAGCCCACAACGACGUCAACUGAGCCCACUAUGACGUCAACCGAAUCCACAACGACGUCAACUCAAUCCACAUCGACUGAGCCCACAACGACGUCGACUGAAUCAACAACGACGUCAACUGAGCCAACAACGACGUCAUCUGAGCCCACAACGACGUCGACAGAGCCCACAACGACAUCGACUGAGCCCACAACGACGUCAACUGAAUCUACAACGACGUCAACCGAGCCAACGACGACAACUCAAUCCACAUCGAUUGAGCCCACAACGACGUCUACUGAAUCAACGACUUCAACUGAGCCAACAACGACUUCAACUGAGCCAACAACAACCUCAACUGAGCCAACAACAACCUCAACUGAGCCCACAACGACAUCAACUGACCCCACAACGACGUCGACUGAAUCAACAACGACGUCGACUGAGCCCACAACGACUUCAACUGAGCCCACAACAACGUCAACAGAGCCAACAACGACGACAACUCAAUCCACAUCGACUGAGCCCACAACGACGUCAACUGAGCCCUCCACGACGUCAACUGACCCCACAACGACAUCGACUGAGCCCACAACGACAUCGACUGAGCCCACAACGACGUCGACUGAGCCCACAACGACGUCAACAGAAUCAACAACGACGUCAACUGAAUCUACAACGACUGAGCCCACAACGACGUCAACUGAAUCUACAACGACGUCAACCGAGCCAACAACGACGUCAACUCAAUCCACAUCGACUGAGCCCAAAACGACGUCAACUGGGCCAACAACAGCGUCAACCGAAUCCACAACGACGUCAUCCGAAUCCACAACGACGUCAACUGAGCCAACAACGACGUCUACUGAAUCUACAACGACGUCGACUGAGCCUACAACGACGUCAACUGAAUCUACAACAUCAACCGAGCCAACAACGACGUCAACUCAAUCCCCAUCGACUGAAUCCACAACGACGUCUACUGAAUCAACGACUUCAACUGAGCCAACGACUUCAACUGAGCCAACAACGACGUCGACUGAAUCUACAACGACGUCGACUGAGCCCACAUCGACGUCGACUGAAUCCACUACGUCAUCUGAGCCCACAACGACGUCGACUGAAUCAACAACGACGUCAACCGAAUCCACAACGACGUCAACUGAGCCAACAAAGACGUCUACUGAAUCUACAACGACGUCGACUGAGCCCACAUCGACGUCGACUGAAUCCACUACGUCAUCUGAGCCCACAACGACUUCAACUGAAUCUACAACGACGUCAACUGAGCCCACAACGACUUCAACUGAGCCCACAACGACGUCAACCGAGCCCACAACGACGUCAACCGAGCCAACAACGACGUCAAUUCAAUCCACAUCGACUGAGCCCACAACGACGUCACCUGAAUCUACAUCGACAACUGAAUCUACAUCGACAACUGAAUCCACGACGACGUCGAAUGAGCCCACGACGACGUCGACUGAGCCCACGACGACGUCAACUGAGCCCACAACGACGUCAACUGAAUCUACGACGUCAACCGAGCCAACAACGACGUCAACUCAAUCCACAUCGACUGAGCCCACGACGACGUCAACUGAGCCCACAACGACGUCGACUGAAUCCACUACGUCAUCUGAGCCCACUACGACGUCAUCUGAGCCCACAACGACAUCAACUGAGCCCACAACGACGUCGACUGAAUCAACAACGACGUCAACCGAAUCCACAACGACAUCAACUGAGCCAACAACGGCGUCUACUGAAUCUACAAAGGCGUCGACUGAAUCAACAACGACUUCAACUGAAUCUACAACGACGUCAACUGAGUCCACAACGACGUCAACUGAGCCCACAAAAACGUCUUCGGAAUCAACAACGACGUCAACUGAGCCCACAACGACUUCAACUGAGCCCACAACGACGUCAACCGAGCCAACAACGACGUCAAUUCAAUCCACAUCAACUGAGCCAACAACGACUUCAACUGAAUCUACAUCGACAAAUGAAUCCACGACGACGUCGACUGAGCCCACGACGACGUCGACUGAGCCCACGACGACAUCGACUGAGCCCACGACGACGUCAACUGAGUCCACAACAAUGUCAACUGAGCCCACAACGACGUCAACUGAAUCUACAACGAUGUCAACCGAGCCAACAACGACGUCAACUCAAUCCACAUCGACUGAACCCACAACGACGUCAACUGAGCCUACAACGACGUCAACUGAGCCUACAACGACGUCAACUGAGCCUACAACGACGUCAACUGAGCCCACCACGACUUCAACUGAGCCCACCACGACUUCAACUGAAUCUACAACGACGUUGACUGAGCCCACAACGUCUACGGAAUCAACAACGACGUCCACCUACCCCACAACAACGUUAACUGAAUCUACAACGACAUCAACUGAGCCCACAACCACGUCAACGGAAUCUACAACAACGUCAAUUGAGGGCACAACGAAGUCAAUUGAAUCUACUACGCCCACAACGCCGAAUGAGCCCACAACGUCGUCAACUGAACGCACAACAACGUUGAUGGAAACCACAACAACUUCAACGGAUUCAACGACAUCAACUGAGCCCACCACGUCAGCUGAACCCACAACGACGUCAACUGAAUCUACAACAUCGAUUGAAUCCACAACGUUGUCGAUUGAUGCACAACAAAGUCAACUAAAUCUACCACGUCAACUGAAUCCACAACGACGUCAACUGAAUCCACAACGACGUCGACUGAAUCCACAACGACGUCGACUGAAUCCACAACGACGUCGACUGAAUCCACAACGACGUCGACUGAAUCCACCUCAACGUCGAAUGAAAGCAUCAUCACGCCGACUGAAUUCACAACGACGUCGAUUGAAUCCUCAAAAACGUCGACUGAAUCCACUACAAGAAUAGGGUAGUAGAUAAGAAUGAUAAACAACAAUAACGACGAAUUCGCUUUCUACAACUGAUCACACGAAAACGACAAUGCCUUUUGCAUUAGUUACACCAACUAAAUCCAAGCCCAAAACAAUGCCUACUACGACGACUGAUUAGAAUUUCACAACCGAACCCACAAUGGCAAUGCUAAAUCCUAAAUUGCUAUUGUACAAGGAAAACUACAAAGCUGUCAGCUCUGUACAGAGCCCAAAGAUCUGCAUGCACCUCUCCAAGCACCGAUUGCGAUGGUUUGUUUACUUGUACUAUUUUUUUUUGCCGUGUUUGUUUAAUCAGAUAAAAUUGUAAGGCGGCCUAUAAAAUCCGGGAUUCAAAAGCUAUCA